GAUGUUGUGUUGGGAAGGUGACAUUUUGUAGUCGGUCGCCUUUGCGCUGCUACACUACUGUAACAGAAAGAAGAAUAAACUCACCAUGGCUUCUCUCGGGAGGACUGUUGGUGUCCUCCGCGGUGGCAUGCAGCUCAUUCGACGAGGGCCACAGAGACUAGUCGUCAGGAGGGCAGGAGGUGGGCCACACAUUGAGCCCCAGUACAGGAUGCCCCCUCAACUGACCAAGAACCAAGUUUUCCAGUCGGAACUCCUAUCCAGCGCUAUGUGGUUCUGGAUUCUGUGGCACUGCUGGCACGACCCAGACGCGGUGUUGGGUCACUUCCCAUGGCCAGAUACCUCUGCGUGGACGGAUGAGGAGUUGGGAAUCCCCCCUGAUGAUGAGGAAUAGGGGUCCUCCAUAUUUAUGAAGCUGACUUUCAGAUCCCUCGAUUCCACCCUGAGAUCUACUGCUCAAGAAUAACCUGAUUGGUGGAUCCUGAAGUCAGUGUUGUAAAUAGACUGUAAUGAAAGCCUGGUUUCUUACUGUAACACACUUCCUUCUUGCAAAACCUGUAAACAAGGAUGUGAUGAAAGAAACAGCUGAUGUGCAUAACAUUGUUGACUUAAUAAACAGAUUUAUUUGCCACUUGAAA